ACAUUCUAUUGUGGUUGGGAAUGCAGGAGUAAAUGUUUUUGAGGGAUUAUCUAGUAUAACGAUUCAAAGUUUUGAUACCUUUGGCAGUCUACAUUGGUCGAAUGCUUUUAUCCCACUUAAACAUUUAAUUUUCACGCGUACAACGAUAAGCAAUUGUGAUUAAGAGUCUUUUGAGACAAUGGAUCACUUUAGGCCACCUCAAAUUGACAGUAUUGGAGUUACUAUAAGAAAAAAGAGGAGCCAGACUUUACGCCGUCCUAGACCCGAGCCUCAGUCACUCCCUGAUCAAUCCUCCAUGUCACCAACACAGCUUUCAGAUGACUCGAGUAAGAUUUCUAGCGAUGAGACCGGUGAUGCAAAUUCUAGAGGGAAAAUGUUCAAUCUCAAUCAGUGUGUAUCGAGACCAUUUCCUACUAGUGGAUCUGAUGGUGGAUUGAAUUCAUUAGAUAGUAAUGGUGUGUCUGGGGAUGGAAUGGAAAAUGAGAACAAACUGAAGAAAGUUAAGCUGAAGGUUGGUGGUGUGACACGCACAAUACAAACCAAUUCCAAUUCUAAUGGUGCAUUAGGCACAGGCAGUGCAUCUUCGGCAAAGGCCAAUCAAUCAUCAGAUUCUCGACAGCGGCAGAAACUCAUCCUCCAGGAACAUUCCAAUGAACAUCAUUCUCCAGCUCAAGAUAAGAAAAAAGGGAUCCCCUGGAAGGGUUUCUCCAAAGGUGAUUUUGGUAUUAGGAAGGAGGAUAAAGGGGGGAUGCUUGCAAAGAAUGCCUUUGAAAAGCAAGGAGAGAAGUCAGAUCCCGUUCGUAAGAGCAGAAGGAUGCCUAAAAAACGUGUUUUAGAUGAGGAAUUUGAUGAAGAUGAUCAAGAUGAUGAGAUCAGAUACCUAGAAAAGCUUAAAACUGCAAAGAUAGCAGGACAUAAAGACACCAACACAGAAUCAACCAGAAAACAGCGGAAAGAUGGGAAGUUGGAAAACAUUGAAGGCACGGGGAAGUCUGGUAGGGAUUUUAAAGAGUCCAAACCCGAUGACACGGAUUAUGAGGAGGAAGAACUUUUGUCUGAUGGUGAGCCUGAAGGAAAGACGAAGAAAAAACAAAAGAAGGAUCUCUCAGAUCUACCACCAGAAAACAAGAGGGAAUUGACUCUCACGACGCGCCAGCGGGCUCUUUUAAGCAAGGAUGCCUCUUCUGAAUCUGGUGCAAGUCAAAUUGAAUUCCCAAAUGGAUUACCGCCUGCUCCACCUCGAAAGCAAAAGGAGGAGUUGUCAGAAAUGGAACAACAGCUGAAGAAAGCUGAGAUUGCUCUAAGGCGUAAAAUGCAAAAUGAGAAAGCAGCACGGGAGUCAGAGGCUGAGGCAAUUAGAAAAAUACUUGGCCAAGAUUCCAGUAGGAAGAAGCGAGAAGAUAAAGUGAAGAAGCGCCAGGAAGAAUUGGCACUGGAGAAGGCUGCCAAUGCUCAAAUGCUAGCAUCAAGCACCAUUAGAUGGGUCAUGGGCCCAACUGGGACCACUGUCAUUUUUCCGCAAGAUAUGGGUUUCCCCAAAAUUUUUGAAUCCAAGCUUUGCAGUUAUCCUCCACCACGCGAAAAAUGUGCUGGCCCUUCUUGUACCAAUCCAUACAAAUACCGGGAUUCCAAGUCAAAGCUUCCUCUCUGCAGCCUCCAAUGCUACAAGGCAAUUCAUGAAAAGACGCAUGUCGAAAAGGCCUGCUAAGGUUGUGGUUUGUGUUGCUAUUGCUUUCGUAUGUGAAGGAAGAUAUUCUUGCUCGUGUCAAUAUAUCGAGGCCUUAAGAGACACUGUUUCCAAGCUAUAUUAUUUCUCGUAAGCUAGAAAGAAUAUGGGAACUCAGAUGGUCCUGGAAACCUAAAUUACCAUGAUUUUUUGUUUCUGUGUUCACUAUAUUUUGAGUUCUAUGUUUGGAUGGUAUUAUCACUUCCCCUUAGUAAAUAUAGGGUCUAUUUGGUAGUGAUUAUAAGAAUUGAUUUUUUGACUGUUA